AAGCUGGCAACAGCAGUGUAAUGAGGACAGAGAGAAAGGUGCAAUAUGCAAUAUGAUACUUUCUCACUGCCCUCACUGCCUUCCCCCUGCCUGGGAAAGGGUCGGUCCAGCGGUGGUAACUGCUUUGCCUCAAACUCAGCUCUCUACCAGCAGACAGGGCAGCAGCACUGUCGCAGGAGACCUUGAAGACUGAACCAGGGCCAUGGAGGGCUCUGUGCUAAGCCCCACAUCCUGGGAGAAGCGACGGGCCUGGAUCCGUCAGAGCCGGCACUGGCAGACCCAGGUCCUGGAAGAGGAGGCUGCAGCUGCCCUGCAGGAUGUCCCAGAUCCUGAGCCAGCCAACCUGGAUGAUGUUUUCCAGGAAGGGAAUCCAAUCACCAAGAUUGAAGACUGGCUGCAGGACUGUGGAUACUCUGAAGAAGGGUUUUUUGAGGAAGCAGGACAGUCAAUCUAUAAUGGGUGUCCCAGCCAUGGAACCAGCUUUGAAGAUGACUUGACCCUUGGAGCAGAGGCCACAUUGUUGGCCGCCAAUGGCAAACUCUUCUCCAGGCAUUUCCUAGAGACAGCCCGGCCCUGCCAGCUACUAGAUCUUGGCUGCAGUUUGGCUUCCAGCAGCAUGACUGGUGGGACCAACAAGACUAGUUCAAGCAUCUCUGAGAUUCUGGACAAGGUGCAAGAAGAUGCAGAAGAUGUCCUCUUCAGUCUGGGCUUUGGCCAAGAGGACCACAAAGACACUUCUCGGAUUCCUGCCCGAUUUUUCACCAACCCCUCCCAGGCCAGAGGCAUUGAUUUCCAGCUCUUCCUGAAGGCCCAAGUGCGGAGGAUCGAGAUGGAGGACCCUUGCCUCAUGCUGGCCAGCAGGUUUAAGCAGGUGCAAACACUGGCUGUCACCGCCGAUGCCUUCUUCUGUCUCUACUCCUAUGUGUCUAAGACGCCUGUCCAGAAGUUCACACCAUCCCACAUGUUCUGGAAUUGUGACCCAACUGAUGUGCCAUCCAUCAAGAUUCUAGCUCCAGAAUCUGAACCUCACUCACCCAGAGAGCGCCUGCGGAAAGCCAUCUCCAAAAUGUGCCUAUACACAUGCCCCCGGGUUCGGCUAUCCCCACCCCACAACACCCCCCUAAGGAACAGUUUGGACCAAGUGGUGUGGGAAGUGAUGGACAGAGUGAGAGGAGACAAGCUGGUUCUCCAGCAAGACUCUGAGUUUGAGCCAGGCUCACAGGAAGGUCCUGCGUCCCGCAUCAGUGGUACAGUGCUGCCUACUUCUUGUCCGUGUGUCUGCUGCCCUAAAGGGGAGACGCAGCAGGGGAUGUCCACAGUGCACACACCAUCACAAACUCUGCAUUCUAACCCCGAGACACCCUGUUGCACACAUUCGUUACCCAGAGCAGAUGUGCAGUGGAGCACAGACCCUGCACAGGUCAAGAGAGAGCUGUGGGGUCUGCAGGCCACCAAUAAAGAAGCCCACUUGGCCAAGGAUGAGACUUUCUGGAAAGGGAAGAGCAGAGCGAGAAAGAGCCUGUUUCAGAAGAAUCCCACAGGCAGGAAGGUCAAAUCAUUGGACCUGUCCAUCGUCCAGCAGAAAUGGAAGCAAAACCAAGUGAGACCAGAACUGCGCCAGUCUCUGACCGAGCAGCUGUGGGACACUUUUGACUUGGAGGAGGUGCAAAGCAACAGUAAGGAGGAGGAGGAGACCCACCGGGCCAGCAGACCCAGAUUCCCUCACCUUUACCAGACUUUUGCUGACAAAGACUCAAAAAGCGCUCUCCACCAUCACGACAGCACGUGUUCGGACAGCAGUGGCUUCAUAGAAGAGCCUAAUUCCCACCCCUACUCACAGGAGGCCGUACUGCCUCCAACAUCCAGCUCUUCCUCGCAGGCCCUACAAGCUCCUGAACUCAGCAGGAGAAAGGCAGCGUGGUUCACGGGAAAGACGACCAGGCUGAGAGACUUGGAGUCUACGUCCUGAUGCUGUCACAAACCGCAUGCACAGGGAAAGACCUUAGGCGCGUCCCUUUGUUUCUCUGCGCAUUGGUUUCUCUACUAUGUGCGUAUGGGAAUACGUGCUAUAGAGUACAGUGGUGAACUGGGCAAAGACUUAAGUUUCUUCCAAGAUUUGACACUGCCUAAGACAUUCAAAGGAUUUAAAGAUGAUGAAGUUUGAGAAACAAGGGUUGCUACUGGAAUGCUCUCAUAGGGCUCAGGUGAAAUGAGGAAGGACAAAUCCCACGGUGAGGCUCUGAAACCUCGGUGCAACGCGUGGGACUGAUUUCCUCUGAGCCUCUACUCAUCCUUGUGUGCUCCCCAUCAAGUUCCAGAGUGCCUUCCAUUCUGGAAGCCUCUCCCGUAAAACCAGUUUCUCCCUGUAUCCCAUACUUUGUAUCUUUAUAGAAAAAGAGAUGAGUGGGAUUCAGAGUCCCUCUUCUUGGCCAUUGCCAAAAAUUUAUACUAUUUUCUGCUGGCAGAAAACAAUACAAAUAAAAGUACUUCAAAACCUU